CUCAACGAUAGCGAAGCUUUGGGUAGAAAGAAAGCAGUUGUGUAGAAGAGAGAGGGUGAACGGAAUGCGUUGGCGUUAGGGGGUGGAGCCCACUAGCGGUUCAGCGGUGCCGGCUCAGGACCUGACCUCGUCCUCAAUCGGUCCACUUCGCUUCUGCGAAAUUUCUUCCCCCCAUCUCCUUCCUUCAACCAUUCAACUCUCCGCGCUUCAUCGACCAGGUUUCCGAUCAAUCGCCGAUCUCCUCCGUCUCGCGAUCGAUCACCGCCGUAACCGUCGCCACCGUCACCAUGUCCAUGUCCAUGUCGGAUUCCGAUUCCUCCUCUUAUGGCGGCGAAUACAAAAGCCUCAAACAAGUUAGCCGUGAGCGAUUAUUACAUGAAAUGCUCAGGUCAGCAAAAACAGGGGAUUCAAAAUCUACAUGGAAGGUACUAAUAAUGGACAAACUUACUGUAAAGAUAAUGUCACACUCUUGCAAGAUGGCCGAUAUCACUGAUGAGGGUGUUUCAUUGGUUGAAGACAUAUACAAGCGAAGGCAGCCAUUGCCCACCAUGGAUGCUAUAUACUUCAUCCAGCCAACAAAAGAGAAUAUCAUAAUGUUUUUGUCAGACAUGUCUGGAAGGAAGCCCUUAUACCGGAAGGCAUUUGUUUUCUUUAGUUCACCUAUAGCGAGAGAAUUGGUUAUGGACAUUAAGAAAGAUGCACUGGUGUUGCCUCGAAUAGGUGCUUUGAGAGAGAUGAAUUUGGAGUAUUUUGCCAUUGACAGUCAGGGAUUCAUUACUAACAAUGAGAGGGCUUUAGAGGAGCUAUAUGGGGAUGAGGAGAAUGCUCGAAAAGCUGUUGCAUGUUUAAAUGUUAUGGCUACUCGGAUUGCUUCAGUUUUUGCUUCACUAAGAGAAUUCCCUUUUGUUCGCUUUCGCGCUGCCAAGUCCCUAGAUCCUACCACAGUGACUACUCUUCAUGAACUUAUUCCUACAAAGCUUGCUGCUGGUGUCUGGGACUGUCUCAUGAAAUAUAAAAAAAGUAUACCUAAUUUUCCUCAGACUGAGACCUGCGAGUUGCUCAUCAUUGAUAGAACUAUUGAUCAGAUUGCCCCUGUUAUACAUGAAUGGACUUAUGAUGCCAUGUGCCAUGAUUUGUUGAAUAUGGAGGGAAAUAAAUAUGUUCACGAGGUUCCUGGCAAGAAUGGUGGUCCACCAGAGAGGAAAGAGGUUCUAUUGGAGGAUCAUGAUCCUAUAUGGCUUGAACUUCGUCAUGCACAUAUUGCAGAUGCUAGUGAACGAUUGCAUGAGAAGAUGACCAGCUUCAUUUCAAAGAACAAAGCUGCACAAAUCCAACAUGGUUCUAGAGGUAAUGGUGAAAUGUCGACGAGGGACUUGCAGAAGAUGGUUCAAGCACUUCCACAAUACAGUGAACAAAUUGACAAGCUCUCCCUCCAUGUAGAGAUUGCAGGAAAAAUUAACAGAAUCAUCAGGGAAUCAGGACUUCGGGAACUUGGGCAGCUGGAGCAAGAUCUUGUUUUUGGAGAUGCUGGAAUGAAAGAUGUUAUCAAAUUUUUGACUAUGAAAGAGGAUACAAGUCGUGAAAAUAAGUUACGCUUGUUAAUGAUUCUUGCAGCCAUGUAUCCUGAGAAGUUUGAGGGUGAAAAGGGUCUGAAUUUGUUGAAGGUAGCGAAAUUGACAAACGAGGAUGCAAUUGCUAUAAAUAAUUUGAGAAUGCUUGGGGGAGAACCUGAGACUAAAAAAACCUUGACUGGUGGUUUUGCUCUUAAGUUUGAUAUGCACAAGAAAAAGCGGGCGGCAAGGAAAGAUCGUUCUGAUGAAGAGACAUGGCAGCUAUCACGCUUUUAUCCCAUUAUCGAGGAACUUAUUGAAAAAGUGAGCAAAAAUGAACUGCCAAAGGAAGACUAUCCAUGUAUAAAUGGCCCAAGUCCAUCUUUCCAUGGAACAUCUUUGGCUGGACCGGUAAUUCAAAUUCCUCCCGCUCAUUCGAUGAGAUCGAGGCGCACACCAACCUGGGCUCGACCUAGGGGCUCUGAUGACGGAUAUUCAAGCGAUUCGGUGCUUAAACAUGCAUCCAGUGAUUUCAAGAAGAUGGGCCAACGAAUAUUUAUAUUCAUUGUUGGUGGAGCAACCAGAUCUGAGCUUAGGAUUUGCCACAAGCUUUCUGGUAAGCUGAGGAGGGAAGUUAUUCUGGGCUCGUCAAGUAUUGAUGAUCCUGCACAAUAUAUUACGAAAUUGAAGAUGCUAUCAGUACAGGAACUUUCAUUGGAUGAUCUCCAGAUAUGAUGUUAUAUAGACUUGAAAACAGGAAGAUAAUCUUCUGCUUGCUUGUCAAAAAUGUGUUGUAAUAUAGAUUAUUAAGCUCAAUUUAGCAAAUUCUUUUGACAUUUGACUGCGGUUCAGCUGAGCCACUGAUGUCAUAUUGUGCAUAUGCUAGGAAUUCUUCAUUGGUUAGAGAAACUAUUCUUAAAAAAAUUAUGGUAAAUGAGAUUUUCAGAUA